GAAUUACAAAUCGAGAGCAUAUUAAUGCCAAACAUCUUGUACUAAACACAUACGAUUCAUUACUAGACUAAAUGAGCAAUAAAUCACACUUGAUUUAAUAAUAGUUCUUCGAAGAUGGUAACGGCAGGUUUUAUCUUUUGGUCAGGCAUUAGCCAGAGCCUCCCCCUCGUUAUUCUCUUUCGAUUCAAGAUGGCGGGUGAUGAGUCGGGAACUACGCUUGGUCAGCCUCAUUUGGCCAAACAAGAUCUUAGUUCUCUAGAUGUGUCCACUCUGACACCUCUCUCACCAGAGAUCAUUAGCAGACAGGCCACAAUCAACAUAGGCACCAUUGGUCACGUGGCCCAUGGGAAGUCAACAGUGGUGAAGGCCAUUUCUGGUGUGCACACCGUUAGAUUUAAGAAUGAGUUGGAGAGGAACAUUACUAUCAAACUGGGAUAUGCUAAUGCUAAGAUCUAUAAACUGGAUGACCCCAGCUGUCCCAGGCCAGAGUGCUACAGGUCAUGUGGCAGCAGCACCCCUGAUGAGUUUCCCACAGACAUCCCCAGCACCAAGGGCAACUUCAAACUGGUCAGACACGUGUCAUUCGUGGACUGUCCUGGUCAUGACAUUUUGAUGGCAACCAUGUUGAACGGAGCAGCUGUGAUGGAUGCUGCCCUCCUGCUGAUUGCGGGUAACGAGUCGUGUCCUCAGCCCCAGACGUCAGAGCAUCUGGCAGCCAUAGAAAUUAUGAAGCUGAAGCACAUUCUCAUUCUCCAGAACAAGAUCGACCUGGUGAAGGAGAGCCAGGCCAAAGAGCAAUAUGAACAGAUCCUUGCCUUUGUACAGGGCACAGUGGCAGAGGGCGCUCCCAUCAUUCCUAUCUCAGCCCAGCUGAAGUACAACAUUGAGGUGGUUUGUGAAUACAUUGUCAAAAAGAUCCCAGUUCCCCUCAGAGACUUCACUUCAGAGCCCAGACUCAUCGUCAUCAGAUCGUUUGACGUGAACAAGCCUGGCUGUGAAGUCGAUGACCUGAAGGGAGGCGUGGCAGGAGGAAGCAUCCUGAAGGGUGUGCUGAAGGUGGGUCAGGAGAUCGAGGUGCGCCCAGGUAUCGUGUCCAAGGACCAGGAAGGCAAACUGAUGUGCAAACCCAUCUUCUCAAAGAUCGUGUCUCUGUUUGCUGAGCACAACGACCUGCAGUACGCUGCGCCCGGAGGCCUCAUUGGUGUGGGCACUAAGAUCGACCCAACACUGUGCCGUGCGGAUCGUAUGGUCGGUCAGGUGCUGGGCGCCGUCGGAGCGCUGCCAGAGAUAUUCACCGAGCUGGAGAUCUCCUAUUUCCUGCUCAGGAGGCUGCUGGGAGUCCGCACAGAGGGAGACAAGAAGGCAGCUAAGGUCCAGAAACUGUCUAAGAACGAGGUGCUGAUGGUGAACAUUGGCUCGCUGUCCACAGGCGGCCGCGUCAGCGCUGUCAAGGCUGACCUGGCAAAGAUUGUCCUCACCAACCCUGUGUGUACAGAGGUCGGAGAGAAGAUCGCUCUGAGUCGGCGUGUGGAGAAGCACUGGCGUCUGAUUGGUUGGGGACAGAUCAGAAGGGGCGUGACCAUCACACCCACUGUGGACGAUGACUGAUGAGGAGGAAAUGGGACAUCGCCUUGAAGCUCCCAACAGACAACACAACCACCACACUCUACUUGGCCUUUGUUCACAAUGCUUUUAUACUAGGAGGAAGGAGGGGAACAGAACAGGACAUGUCCGUGGUUUAAAGAUGCCUCCUCGCACUGCACUGCACUGCACUGCUCUGUUUCUCUGCAGCGACACAAGAUUAGUCUUUGUGAAGGAGGGAAGAAGGUGUCUUCAGACUGUCAGAACACUCCUGCAGAGGAUGUCCUCCAGCAACUGCUGUCAGAGUGAAUCACAGGUUUUAUUCAGUACCAGGAUCAUCCUGUGCUGUUCACAAAUUUCAGUCACAUCUAAUAAAAUAUAUUUGGAACCUA